AUUUUGAAGACGAUGAUGUGUAUGGCCAAUCAGUAGAAGAUGAUUAUUGCAUUUCUCCUUCAACAGCAGCUCAGUUUAUCUACUCCAGACGAGACAAACCAGCCACACCUGCUGAGCCAUUAGAAGAAGAAUAUGGAUAUGAAGGUGCAGAUGAUACUGCUGAUUAUUUUACAUCCAAUCAUCAGUUGACUGAGGUUGAUAGAGCUCGUCUUAAUUCAUGCCUUGAUCAAAUGAGAGAAGUUUUGGCAGAGUCCAUACCAGAGCAAGCAAUGGUGCAAGCAGUGCUGGAUAGUCAAUUUGAUGUACAGAAGGCUUUGGAUCUUGUGCUUUCACAAGGCAGUAAGCAAAAUGUGAAGACCAAGAAUAAGGAUGCUGUGGUUUUAGCAAAGACUGCAAAAGAAAAUAUUGCUGAUAACACCAACCAACCUGGGUUUGGAAACUUGGCAGCCAAAAAUGGUUCAGCUCUUUAUUCUUUAAUUACAAAUGACAAAAUGCUCCUUAAUACUGAAAAAUCCAAUAUGCCUUCAUGUGAAAGGAAAGGAUUGAAAUCAUCUUCACUUGUUUUGCCUUCUGAUUUGUGUAAAGGAUUGUUUUGUGAACCUGUGAAUAAACAGGCAGAGAAGCAACUGGCAGAAAGUGCUAAUGCAGUAAGUUUUGUUCCCGACAGUGAAGGUGUUUACUUUAGCACAGGAAGUAACCCAUCGAAAUGCAAGCAAACACAGGACUUGAAAUCCUUGCUGAUGCAGAGUGUGGUUUGUGAUUCUAUGAGUCCUGAAGACAGCAUUCCUCUUGUUUCCUCAAAUAAUUCCAGUUGUAAUAGUAAUGCAAAUUUUUACAGUCCUCCGUGUUUAACAAGUGCGUUGGGAAAAUUGGUUCUUGAUAAUGAAGUCAGUCAUACUGUAAAUAAAAAGAAUGAACUUCUUGAAAAUUUUUCUUCACUUGUGCAAAGUAGAAAACAAGAAAGCCCCUCUUCAGACAUGGCAGCUUUGCCAGUGUUAAGGUCUGGAAGUACAUCAUUGGCUGACUUACUUCAGGAACAUCAGCAAAGUAGUGCAAGCCACUGUUACUCUUUGGCUGAUCUUUACACCCAGUCAACAGCAAGUCUCACUGAUACGAAAUUGGGAACCUCAUCAUUAUCACAACUAGUAAGUCAACCCCAAACUUCAGAUGGGAUGCCAGAGCUAACGGGGUCUUUGUCUUCUCUGGCCUUGUCUCAUGUUUCUCCAAUAAAGGAGGUUGAGAAUCUGUCACUGUCAGAUUUAAUAGCAGAGACUAUGGAAAUAGAUAAAACUCAGCAAAGAGCAGACUUGCCCGUGUGCAAUGUAACUGAAUUGAGACCCUCCCAAAGAACCAACAUUGAUUUAAGUGUCCUUGUGAAAAAUACAGCUGUAUCUACAGAACAAAACAUAGGACGGUCAAGUACCUUAAGCCCUGAAACUAAACUUUGGAAAGAAAAACAAGGAAAAUGUUCUGGUUUUGCCAAAACAAAUAAAAAACCCCAUAAAGGUCAUGCUCUUAAGAGGCAGGAUUUGCCCCUUUCAUGGAUGAAGGCACUGCGUGCAAGACCUUCAGCUUUUGCUUUGACCUUGUGCCUCCGUUACCCUCCCAAAGGUUACAAGCGGCGCACAACUGGUGUACACAAAACCUUCCUGUACAGCAGACAAGUACAAGAUGUAAAACCCAAGGAAACUGGUCCUAUAAUAGCCAUAACACCAUUUGACUUCAAAUCAGCAUCUCCUGAUGAUAUUGUGAAAGCUAGCCAAAAAAAAGCUUUUACAAGACAGUAA